CGCUACGGCAAGGAAUCCGAAGGCAUGAUGAGGCUCCACUUGGGGGAAUUGCAAAGCCAAAUAGAGGCGCCUUGCUAACGUACGCCGCGGCCCCAUUCCAUUCAUCGGGAAACAAGAAUCUCCCGCCAUCCUCAGCGACUAUAUUCCUGUCGUGUCGUGUCUCUCUUUUCCUCCAUCUGCAAAUCCCUGAAGAAACAGCGAAAUGGAGCUCCCGGUGAUAGAUCUGUCACCGUAUCUGGAGGUUUCCGCCAAAUCCAGCGGCCAUUUGGAGGCGGCGGCGGAGGAGUUGGAUCCCCAGCUGAAGAGCCAGUGCGAGGAGGUGAGUCGAACCCUAAGAGAGACCGGCGCUCUGCUGGUCAAGGAUCCCCGAUGCUCCGCCGAAGACAACGAUCGCUUCAUCGAUAUGAUGGAGAAGUACUUCGAACGGCCUGACGAGUUCAAGCGCCGCCAGGAGCGUCCUUACUUACAUUAUCAGGUUGGGGUGACACCUGAAGGAGUUGAAGUUCCUCGCAGCCUGGUUGAUGGGGAAAUGCAAGAGAAGUUGAGAGCAAUGCCAAAAGAGUUCCAACCAUUAACUCCUACAGGGCCAGACCCUAAGUGGCGGUACAUGUGGAGAGUUGGUCCUCGGCCCGCAAACACCCGCUUUAAGGAAUUGAAUGCUGAGCCAGUUAUACCUGAGGGGUUUCCUGAAUGGAAAGACACCAUGGAUGCAUGGGGCUACAAAAUGAUAUCUGCUAUAGAGGUUGUUGCAGAAAUGGCGGCUAUUGGGUUUGGCUUGCCCAAGGAUGCCUUCACUGCUCUCAUGAAGCAGGGACCACAUCUGCUUGCUCCAACAGGAAGUGACCUUCAACGAUAUGGCCAGGAAGGCACUGUGUUUGCAGGAUAUCAUUAUGACCUUAACUUUCUAACAAUCCAUGGCAGAAGUAGGUUCCCUGGUCUAAACAUUUGGCUAAGAAAUGGGAAAAAGAUGGAAGUGAAGGUUCCUGUUGGAUGCCUUCUGAUUCAGACAGGAAAGCAGAUAGAGUGGCUGACAGCGGGAGACUGCAUAGCUGGUAUGCAUGAAGUUGUUGUGACUAACAGGACAAUCGAUGCAAUUAAACAAGCGUCACAGCAAAAUCGCAGCCUUUGGAGAGUAUCCUCAACAUUAUUUGCACAUGUAGCAUCUGAUGCUGUGCUGAAGCCUUUAGGCCGCUUUGCCGGAUUGCCAACUGCCGGCAGCUAUCCACCUAUGUGUGCGGGCGAAUUUGUAGAACAAGAGCUUGCUGUAAUUAAUCUCAAAGGUAAACAGGGGACCUGAGAAAUUAGGGUUGCUGCCUUGAAGAAGCUAACAGAGCAUUUGAAGAAUGGGGUUGAAAUGAGCGGUAGCUAUAUGCAAUUGCAGCAAUUGGAAUAACUCCCCACCAUUAAUGCGUGUGACUGUGUGCCGUGUAAUUAGAAUCAGUUGGCAAUUCAAUUGAAGCAUUCUGAGCAUUGGAGUAUUCUUUUUAUUCCAUUCUUCUGGGUUUCGGAAGUAGGUAUGUCUCUGUAUUUAUGGAGUUUUGCCGAUGUGAUUCUGUGUUUUAAA